UUGACAAAUCAAAUUCACUUCCUGGUUAUUGAGGGCGCAAAUACUUACCUAACAAAUGACAUAUCUAAAACUUGCGAUUUAACCAGCGUCAAACCAAGAGUAAAUGCUCCAUAAAUUGCACAAAUUGCUGCAUUUUUUUCAUGGUUAAAAAUAGUUUAUGUUGCAACUACAGCGGACUGUUUCACAGAUCCUUGAAUAUCUAGGCCUGUGAUUGGUUAGUUUCACAGUUAAUGGUCGCGUGGGGCAACUAGGAUUUCAUGUAGUGCAAACAAGAGAAAAAGGCAGCCAACAUAUGAUCAUUCACAACCGUCACCUUGAAAGUGUAACUGGAUACAAUGGCAAACGAUACUGGUGAUGCUCAGACUGAACUCGACUCUGUGGAGGCGGAGUUAGAGAUGGUGGAACUGCAGAUCUCCGAGCUGCUGGAGAAACAGUCAAAGCUGAACUCCAGGAAAAACAAGCUCCUAAAGAUCGUAGAGGGAGCGUGCAGCUCGGCCCAGCCCUCAGGAUCCAGCAAAGCUCCCAAGCCUUCCUUCAGCAAGCAGGACCUACAGCACUAUGAAGAGUCAGAUUUCUCGUGGUCUAAAGAGGUUCAGGGGGAGCUGUUGAGUGUCUUCAAACUCUCAAAAUUUCGGCCACUGCAACGGGCAGCUAUUAAUCUAAGUAUGUCAGGAAAGGACCUGUUCCUGGUCAUGCCCACUGGACGAGGAAAAAGUCUGUGUUACCAGCUGCCUGCCCUCUGCUCAAAAGGUUUUACAUUAGUUAUAGCCCCACUGGUGUCUCUGAUGGAAGAUCAGCUGAUGUAUCUGAAGUCCAUUGAUGUUGCCGCAGUAACUCUGAAUGCCUCCAGUACAAAGGAGGACUCCAAGCGGAUCUUGGCAGGCAUGAUAGAUAAAAACAGCCCCUUCAAGUUGCUGUACGUUACCCCGGAGAAAAUUGCCAAAAGCAAGCUGCUGAUGUCCAAACUGGAGAAAGCUUACAACAUGGGUCUUCUGUCACGCAUCGCUGUGGAUGAAGUUCACUGUUGCAGCCAGUGGGGUCAUGACUUCAGACCAGAUUAUAAGCUCCUGGGGAUUCUAAAGCGCCAGUUUCCCAAAGUUCCAUUGGUCGGACUUACUGCCACCGCAACCAGCAGUGUUCUUAAAGAUUGUCAGAAGAUUCUGUGUGUUCAGAAUCCGAUCACUCUGACAGCACCGUUCAACAGACCAAACCUUUAUUAUGAGGUUCGGUUUAAGGAUAAUGAAAACUGUACUGAUGAGAUCGCAGCAUUGAUCAAGGGAAAAUACAAAAACCAGUCAGGUAUUGUGUACGUGUUUUCCCAGAAGGAUGCAGAAAAUGUUGCUGUUGACCUACAAAAGCGGGAUAUUCACGCCCAGCCAUACCAUGCCAACAUGCAACCCUCUGACAAGACUCUUGUUCAUAGACAUUGGGCCUCCAAGAAGAUUCAGGUGGUCGUUGCCACUGUGGCGUUCGGCAUGGGCAUCGACAAAGCUGAUGUGCGGUUUGUUAUCCAUCACACCAUCAGCAAGUCCAUUGAAAAUUAUUAUCAGGAGAGCGGACGUGCAGGAAGGGAUGAUAGCCCAGCAGACUGCAUUGUGUUUUUUGGAUUCAUGGACAUCUUUAGAAUAAGCACAAUGGUUGUGAUGGAGAACACUGGGCAGCAAAAGCUACAGAAUAUGGUGGCGUAUUGUCAAAAUGUGGACAGGUGCAGGCGUUCUUUAAUGGCCAUUCAUUUCGAUGAAAUUUGGAAUGAUGAUGAGUGCGACCAAAUGUGUGAUGUCUGUCGGCACGGCAAUGACUAUGUGACAAUGGACAUCACCAAGCACGCGCAAGAUGUGGUUAGUAUCGUAGAGCAUGCCAGCAGCAUGGAUGAAAAGUUGACCCCUCUAAAGGUCUGCGAGGCUUGGAUGGGAAAAGGACCUGCCAAGCACCGCAAAAUGAUAACGAUCACGUCUCUGUCACGCUUGGAGGUGGAAUCCAUCAUCAUCCACCUCUUGUUACAUGGCUACUUCAGUGAGGACUUUAGCUUCACACCCUACACAACCCACUUUUACCUGAAGCUGGGCCGUAAAGCAGCUCUCCUGAAGAACAGCAGUCACUCCAUCACUAUGAAGAUGAGGAGGAGAUUGCCAUCAUUUAGCACAGUAAAGAAAGUGUCAGAAUAUGCUGGGGAGAAAACUAGUGCCAAAGUAGAAGGAAAAAGACCAGCUGAAAGUGACCGUCACAAAUCUGUGGCCAAGAAAGUCAAGAAAGACACUCGUCCGUAGCCCAGAAGGAGCAGAAUUCAAACGAUGUUCAAUCAGGUGAGAUGCAAGAAGCUGAGACAGCCAUGAUUGACAUCGACAACACUGCCAAUCAGAUACCUAACAAAAGUAAAAUCUAUAAGAAUCACAAGAACAUGGAGA